AAUCUACACAGCUGUUAGCUAAACGACGGGUGUCUGGGUUAGCUGAAGCUAAGCUAACUGCUAACAGAGGAAUAAUAAUUCAUAGUUAGAAGAGUUACAUUAGCCUUACAUUACACUACGCUACUCGUACAGCCACCUUAUAAAACCUGCAGGUUACAGAUGUACGUUGGUGUCAUUUUGUGAGCUCAGCAGUCGUCACUCUGCACUGAAGUUGGUGAAAUCCACCAAGAGUCACCAUGUCGAGGAAGCAGUCCGGGAAGCCUGUGCGUGGGAAUAGGAAAUAUGACCUGGAGAGGAAGAGGGAUGAGCGAGCUGCCCGCAGGGCUCUGGCCAAAGACCGUAAGAAUCGACCCCCAGGGGAGGGAGAAGGAGAGGAGUUUGUCAGCUUCUCCAACCAACUGAAAGCUCUUGGUCUCAAACUGAGGGAGGUUCCAGGAGAUGGGAACUGUUUGUUCCGAGCUCUUGCGGAUCAGCUGGAGGGACACUCGCGAGGGCACCUAAACCUGCGUCAGGAGACGGUCCAGUACAUGCUCUCUCACCGGCAGGACUUUGAACCUUUCGUUGAGGAUGAUGUGCCAUUCGCUCAGCACUUGUCGAACCUUGCACAGCCGGGCACGUUUGCUGGAAAUGAUGCAAUCGUGGCAUUUGCUCGCAGCCAGCAGCUGAAAGUCGUAAUCCAUCAGCUGAAUGCUCCGUUGUGGGAGAUCAACGGGUCAGAUAAGCCUUUAUGCCGGGAGCUUCAUAUAGCGUAUCGUUAUGGUGACCAUUAUGACAGUGUCCGGCACAUUGGAGACAACUCUGAAAGUCCUGCUCAUCUGCGAAUUGAGAAUCUCAAUAAUUCAAGGCGGUUUGGUGACGGUUCGAGAGAAAAGCAGAGGGCGCCUUCCCCCUGCCACUCUCUCUGUGAGGAUGAGGAAGUUAUACUGAAUUCCCUAUUGACCAGCAGCUUCAGCAUUCAAGAUGAGAAUCUGUGCCAAUCAAGUGCCACCUCCGAGCAGCCGUGCCACGCCGAAUGGCUGGAAUCUGACCUGAGGAACCAGUCCUCACACUGUGAAUUCGAAACAGAGACACACACCCCAUGCGAAAGCAAUCCUGUAGAAAGUAGUGACAAUGUUCCACCACCAGAGAGCAGUACUUCACAUAAACCCAAGCUCUCUAGCAGACAGAAGAAAGAUCAACAGCGUCGGGACAAGAAGAAGAGGCAGGAGGAGAGACACAGGCAGAAAGUUCUUCAAAGCAAAGGCUCACAUGACCAGAAUCAGAAUCUGCCAGAACCGGUUACUCUUGUGCCAGCUCUCAAUACUCUAAGCAUCUAAAACAAUCAUGGACGAACACGAACGCUUGCUAAGGUUGAUCUCUGCUGCUUUUUCUUCACCUAUCCAAGUUUGUUGGGAACUGUUGAUGGAGUUGCUGGAGUUCUAGGUUGUUUAAAUGCUCCCGGAAUGGUUGAAGGUGUGAGGAGAUGCUUCUGGCUUCAGUGCUGGUAAUUGAACGACAGUAAUACGAAUGCUUUCUGGUGAAGCUGACAGGCCCAUCAUGCUCUAUGCUCUCUUUAGAGAGCCAUCUAUGGAUGCCUUAGCUUAACUAACGACAAAAUCACUCUCUCAAACUCAAACUUCAUUCCUUCUCAAACUCUCCUUCACUCAGACUGACUCUUUAUAGCCAAAGAACAGUUGCAAAGGGAUUCGAUCAAAUCAGAGAGAAGUGUGGAUUUACUUAUUUACUUUUACUGUUGAGAUUCAUACCCAGAUGUUCUUUCCAUUGGACUGUAAUGAUUUCAGUUCUGUAACUCGUGCAUGUUCCUCAUGAAUGCUGUCAAAUAGAAAUAAGUAGAAUUUCUUUGGGUUCAGUUGGGUUUACCUCUCAUUCCCUUGUAGAGAUUUGUCUUCUCAAUAUUUUGGAUUGAAGUGCAAUCUAAUAAUAAAUGGGAUUAUAAAGAG